CCAUUAUCUUCAAGACACACUAUGAAUUUAAUUUAAAUUAAUUUAUUUUUUUCCUGUGUUCAAGUGAGAGAUAGGCAGAUAAAUAGUUAGAUAUAAUGAUCAUCCAAGAAGAUUAUCCGAAGCUUGCAUUCAUAUUCGUCACACUCUUUUCUUUCUGUCCAAGAUUCUGUACACCACAAACCAACAACAACGCAGCAGCAACAAGAAACACCUGUGAGAAUUCCGCCAGAUGCGGAGCUUUCGGAAUCUGCAACUCACAAGACUCCCCAAUUUGCACUUGCUUACGUGGAUUCCAACCUCUGAAAAAGCAAGAAUGGGAUUCCGGGAACUGGACCGCAGGGUGUUCGAGAAAAGUCCCCUUAGAGUGCCGUUUCGAAAACAAUAAUAAUAACAAUACUAGUAGCCGUAACGGGACGAAAGAAGAUGGAUUCUUGAAGAUAGAGAUGAUUAAAAUUUCCGGUUACGCGCAGCCAUUGCUCGUGCCCGAAACCGAGUGCCCGAAGCAGUGCUUGAUGAACUGCUCUUGCAUAGCUUACGCUCAUAAUUCCGAUCUCGGGUGUAUGUUUUGGAAUAGUACCUUGUUCGACAUUCAGAAAUUCCCUAGUGGAUCGGGUUCCGAUCUUUUUUUUCGUGUCGCGAAUUCUGAACUUGGUAAUUUAGAUAGAGAUGCUUAGUGUUUUUUCCCCCCCUUGGUUUUGAGAGAUUGUGCUGGUUUU